AUGGUACUUCAAUUCGGGGUGAAGUUUGCUCGGGAUGCUAGCUUUUCUUCUAUACUGGUUGGGUCUGCUUCACAAGCAGUGUCCAAGGGGGUUCAAUCAAGUAGCUCAUCUUCUAGCAAGGCAUGCACUUAUGGCUCCAUUUGGUUCAUGGGAAAGGAGACUUGGGAAUGGAAAAUCAAUUGCUUUCCUAUGUUUGGUAAGUUUAGGUAUGGGAAAUCAUUGUCUAGCUCAUGA